UAGGGUUUCUUUUGGAUGUGGGGGAGUGGCAAGGCGAUGCUCCAGGGCUGGUUCAAUGGUGGCCCCAGCGGCGAUGGAGCUGCCGGCGAUGGAGCUCCUAGCCUUCUAUCGCAGUGGAAUUCCUACGCGGAGGUAUCGCGCCAGGAGGCCGGGGGUCUGGAUGUGGAAGCCGGCGCGCUCUUCAAAUCCGCCAACGACACAAUCUCCGGCGCAUUCAGCACGUUGUCUAAGGGCGUGAGAGAGCUUCCUGGAAGCGUACAAUCGGCGACGAGCGGGAUUCCUUCUGGAAAGGCGAUCACAUACUUUGCUCUGCUGCUGGGAUCCGGGGUCUUCUUCCUCUUCAUCUCCUUCACUAUGUUCUUGCCGGUGAUCGUUCUCGUGCCUCAAAAGUUUGCGUCGUGCUUCACGAUCGGAUGUCUGCUCGUCAUGGGAUCUUUCUUCGCGCUGAAAGGUCCUCGCGCGCAGUUUGCUCACAUGAUCUCGCAGGAGAGGUUGCCUUUCACUGCGGCCUUCGUUGGAAGCAUUGUGGCGACGAUCUACGCGUCGAUGGUGUUGCACAGCUACUUGUUCUCAGUUCUUUUCUCUGUAGUUCAGCUUCUGGCAUUGCUCUACUAUGUCAUAUCCUACUUCCCAGGUGGCUCCUCGGGCCUCACCUUUAUAUCCUCCAUGGCCAAAUCGUCUGCCUCAAGAGUUUUUGGUGGCUAAAAAGUUUGUAAGUUUUCGUGCUUUCAAUGUAGACAUUCAUUGUUGUAGUUCUUGCCACUUGAAGAAAUCGAUUGGUGAUACUUGGAAGA